CCCACAGGCAAUGAACUCUUCUCUGUUUAGUGGCUUUACCUACAGCACAGUACACUCAGUCAACAUGACUUCUCUCAGUGAUCUCCAAAAGCUUCUUCCUGCUGUGCUGAUAUGGAUAAUGAGAUUUAAGUCUUGCUUGUCUCAGGAUGAGAAUAACACAGCCAGCAUGUAUGACCAUUAUAACUACAACGGCACUAUGGAUUAUGAUGCCUUUCCUCAGAUCUGCAAAAAGGAUUUGAACCGCGAAUUCCGCCGCUGGUUCAUGUCAACCUUCUACUCCAUCAUCUGCUUCUUAGGGCUGGCUGGCAACCUACUUGUAAUCCUGACCUUCCUCUAUUUCAAGCGUCUCAAGACCAUGACAGAUGUGUUCCUGCUCAACCUGUCAUUUGCAGACCUUUUAUUUUCUCUGUCGCUCCCCUUUUGGGCAGCCAACAACAUGGCAAAAUGGGUGCUGGGCCUAGGGCCUUGCAUAGCCAUGCACACCAUCUACAAGGUCAGCUUCUACAGCAGCAUGUUUCUUCUCUCUUUCAUCAGUGUGGACCGGUACUUUGUUAUCGCCAAGGCAGUCUCUGCUCAUCGCCACCGCUCCAGAGCAAUGUUUCUUAGCAAGGUGUCAUCAGCAGUCAUAUGGGUGAUGGCACUGAUCUUCUCCAUACCAGAAAUGACCUGUACCACCGUCAAAAACAACACCUGCAGCCCUUACUCUAGCGCUACUGACAAUCUCCGUGUUAGCCUCCAGACCAGCCAGAUUGUUUUGGCUUUUGCCCUUCCACUCCUGGUCAUGAGCUUCUGUUACAGCCGCAUUGUUCAGACCCUUUGCCAGGCUCGUAACUUUGAACGCAACAAGGCGAUUAAGGUGAUUCUCGCUGUCGUAGCCGUCUUCCUGCUUUGCCAACUGCCUUACAACCUGGUCUUAUUUUGGAGCACAGUUGUUACUGCAAAAGGAGGAACUGAUGACUGUGGCUAUGAUAACCGCCUUCUCUACGCCACUGAUGUCACUCAGUGUGUGGCCUUCCUUAGGUGCUGCCUGAACCCUUUUGUCUAUGCCUUUAUCGGUGUGAAGUUUCGCAAUGACCUGCUGAAGCUGUUGAAGGACUUUGGCUGCAUGAGCCAGGAGAGGUUCUUCAGGUAUACCCUCGGCAGGAGGAGGAGCUCAGGGGCCACAGACACUGAGACCACCACCACAUUUUCACCUUAAAGCUGUUUUAAUACGAACAAAAGCCUACGAACACAUGGACAUCUCAAAAUGGUCUGUUGAACAUUAUGAAUAAUGUCUAAAAAAAAAUUCAUUUUUGUAUAUAGCAAAGAUAUAUGUAUGCCAUUUAAGUGCUUUGUUUUUAAUUGUUGUUUCUCGUCGGUUAAGAUGAAACUUUGGGCAGUAUCAUUUUGGUUAAAAAAGAAAGCUUCAGUAAUUUUUAUUCAACAAUUUGAUGUACAACAAAUCAUUUAGAGUAAACAAAAUUGGAUGUAUAAAUUCA